CUGCCGGUUGUUGAGUGUUCCUGAGUGAAUCGCCUACACGACCAGAAAGUGGUCGACACCGUACAUUUUUCCCCGGCUGCUCUUGCGGUUCUAGCUUCCAUUUCCCCGCGUUCCACAGGUCGCCACUACUUCCUCAACUCGGUCGACACAGACACUGAUACCGACACUCGCCUGUGCGCCCCCCGAUACGUCACCGCCUGUAUCAAAUUAUCGUACAGUACAACCACAACCACAACCAGAACUCCGCACCUCAGCACCCAACGAACAGAUGCAGCAAAGGCAAAGGUGACCAGAGAGAUGGAACAGCGAGUGAGCGAAGACCCAGAGGCGCCUGGAAACAUUCAUUUACACCGUGGUACGUGUAGCAUUCUCUCACCGGCAUUGCACCUGCUGGGCACCCGCAGGCUGGCAUCAAAGCUAACAUGUGACCAGCGGGCAUCAUAGAAGGAGAACCUCCUGGACAGAGCCAAAUAAUACUUCAGCCUCGACCUUCAGACGACCCAAAUGAGCCCCUGGUAAGAAGACGCUCCUUCAUCCGUGUCAUGCCGUUUGUGCAAAGCUGAUUUCUCUCUUCUUGUAGAACUGGUCAAAAAAGCGCAAGGCAAUCAACUAUGCUAUCAUAUGCUUUUAUGCCUUGAUGACCUUUACCAUGUAGGAUAAAAUGGUUUCUCCAACCCUAAUGCUACCUUGCUAACAUUGUCAAUAGACUGGACAUAGGCACAGUAGCAUGGCAAAAUUAUGUCAAUGAGUUUGGCAUGACCUGGGCAGAACUCAACAUAACCUAUGCUUGCAACACAGCUGGCCUUGCCUUUGGGUGUAUUAUUUUCAUUCCAUUUGCUCAAAAAUACGGAAAGAGGCCCGUCUACAUUAUCAGCACGCUAAUCACAUUUGGCAUGUCAAUAUGGCAAGCGACGCUUCAAAGUUUUGGGGAAAUGGCAGCUACCCAAGUAAUCUCAGGACUUUCUGGAGCUGUGAGCGAGACUUUAGUUCAGAUGACGGUAAGUCUCAUUUUGUUGCCCCAGAUUCAGACCAGAACUAAUCUCUCAAGGUUAUCGACAUGUUCUUCGUUCAUGACCGAGGCACCAUGAAUGGAGUAUAUUUGCUCAUGGUUGCAAUCGGGGUAAGUUUCCUUCCACCACGAUUCCUGCAACCCACUUUCUGAUGGUAUCUAGUCCUUUCUGGCUCCCGUUGCAUCUGGCGGCAUUGCUGUAGCGCAAGGGUGGCGAUGGAUGUAUUGGUGGACAUCAAUCCUGCUCGGGAUCAAUCUUCUUCUGUUUGUCUUUUUCUACGAAGAGACCAAGUUUGUUCCUCGCGAUGAAGCAGUAAUUUCUAACAAUGACUCCACACGUUCUAACAGUCAUUCAUUGGAACGCGAGUCUGGGGAGAAGGUCAAGGAAUCUCUGCCCACCACUCUCACCCACAGUCGACCUAAAAUCAACACUAAUAUUCCUAUGAAAUCACGUCGUGAACGUCUCGCUUUUGUCACCACAAGCGAAGCCCCCUUUAGCAAGCUACUUCGGCACGCUUGGUAUCCAUUCGUUGUUUUAGUAACAAUUCCGGCGAUUGCAUACUGCGCAUUACAAUAUGGCAUGCUCCUUUCCUGGUUCUCUGUCAUUAUCACAAGCGAGGCACAGUUCUUCAUUUUGCCACCUUACAACUUUGACGAAGUGGGAAUUGGCCUGUUAUGUAUGCCUGCCUUUAUUGGGUGUAUCUUUGGGUUUUUGUGGGGUGGUCCAUUUAGCGACUGGUCUAUUGUAUGGUUCACGCGGCGAAAUAGGGGGAUCUAUGAGCCGGAAAUGCGGCUCUACGGUGCUAUUUUGCCUGCAAUUGUGGGACCUAUUGGAUUAUUCCUUUAUGGUUAUAGUACCGCAGCUGUAAGUCGCCACUCGAUAUACAAAAUCUGACCUAACCCGCUAAUUUAUGUCGUCUUGUAGGGAGCCCCUUGGAUUAUACCGUGUAUUGGAAUUGGUUUAUUUGGCUUCGUUGUUAUAUCAAUGGGCGACAUCAGUCUGACCUACCUGUCAGACUCAUAUCCCGAAAUCCUUGCUACUGGUCUUAUUGGAUUGGCGUUUGUUCGCAACGUAAUGGCUACAAUAGUAGUCUUUGUUCAAGAUCCAUGGACUGAUGGUCUUGGUCUGCACGGGAUGUUUACUUGUAUUGGAUGCAUGACUAUCGGACUCAACCUUAUUAUUAUACCUGGGAUUAUUUGGGGCAAACGCUUUCGGAUACGGUAUGCGGACAGAUAUAGAAAGAUGGCUGUAAAGCAGUUUAAUGCACGGGUUGUUUGA